AUAUUCAGUAUAAAAAAGACAUUUGUAAUUCGCAGCUUAAUGGGAAUUGAACAAAUGUGAGUAACAAAUACAACCAUGAGGGGUGCCACAGGAUUUCUACUUAUGAUUAUUGGCUCGUUACCACUACUAGCAAUAAGUACUACUUCAUCAGAUUCAGCGUCUGCCGCACAAUCAGAUUCAAAUUCAUCUUCAAAAUCUGUAGUAUCAUCUUCAAGUUCUUCAGCAUCUGCUACAUCAGCUUCUUCUUCCUCAUCUUCAUCGGCUUUUUCCACUACUUCUUCAUCUGCUAGUUCGCAAGCGAUCACUGAUUUGGACUGUUGUUACGACAAUGAUUUUAAUCAAAUCAUACCUGUGAAGUGUCAAUGUAACUUAAUAUAUAAACCAGUAUGUGGUAUAGAUGGAAAAACAUAUUCUAAUGAAUGCAUUCUCAAAUGUGUCAGUGACCACAAUGUGAAAAAUGGUAAACCAGCUGUCUUCAUCAAAACCGAAGGCGAAUGCCAUCAAGAAACUUGUAACUGCCCCGCAGAUGUCAAACUAGUUUGCGGCUCUGAUGGUAUAACAUAUAGCAAUGUAUGUCAAGUUGAUUGUGAGAAUCGUAGACGAGAAAAUAUUGGAUUGCCUCAUAUUUCAAUAGUUAGUCAAGGCGGUUGUUCAAAAGCGCAUUGUCUCUGUUCUAACAUAAUUCUUCCUGUUUGUGGCACCGAUAACAGAACAUACAGAAAUGUAUGCUUUCUUGAAUGUGCUAGUAGGGAUAACCAAGCCAAGGGUCUACCACCUAUAUUUUUAAAAUCAAAUGGCCCUUGUCCGGACAAAGAUUUGUGUAUAUGUCCCUUGAAUUUAGAUCCCAUUUGUGCCAGUGAUGACAAAACAUACGACAACUUAUGUGCAUUAGAGUGUGAGAAUCGAAGACGAAAUGCAUUGGGGAAACCACAACUUAAGAUAUUAUACAAAGGAGAGUGCGAAAAUUGUAUAUGUCCCGCAGUAGUAGAUCCUGUAUGUGGUAGUGAUGGUAAGACAUACGGCAAUUCAUGCGAAUUGGCUUGUGAAAAUAAAAGAAGAAUUAAGCAGGGCCUUCCUCUUUUGACAAUACUCUAUGAAGGCGAGUGUGAGUCUUGCAUAUGCCCCGCAAUAAGAGAUCCUGUUUGUGGAAGUGAUGGAAAGACGUAUGGAAAUGGAUGUGAAUUAGCAUGUGAAAAUAGAAAACGAAAGAAAGAAGGUCUACCGGAAAUCACAGUUUUAUACAAAGUUGAAUGCAAAAUAUGUUUUUGUCCAGCUAAUAAAGAACCUGUUUGUGCAAGUAACGGGAGGACAUACGGAAACAUCUGUGAAUUAGAUUGCGUUAACAAAGAACGAAAAAUAGAAGGUUUACCUCCAAUAACGGUAACACAUAACGGUAAUUGCCAUUCUUGCACUUGUUCCGCCGUGUUUGAUCCAAUUUGUGCAAGCGAUGAUAAGACUUAUAAUAAUCAGUGCCUGUUAGACUGCGAAAAUAUUAUUCGAGUAAAACAAGGGUUGCCACUUCUAUUGAUUGAACACAAAGGUGAAUGUGACAAUUGUAUUUGUCCAGCUGUAAUAGAUCCAGUAUGUGGAAGUGACGGUAAAACGUAUAACAACAAAUGUCUAUUAGAUUGUGAAAAUAAUAUACGUAAGAGGAAAAACUUGCCUCUAUUAACUAUACUUUAUGAAGGCCAAUGCGAGUCCUGUAUUUGUACAGCUAUAUUUCAACCCAUUUGUGGAAGUGACGGUAAGACAUAUGGAAAUGAAUGUGAAUUAGAAUGUGAGAAUAAGAAGCGUAAGAAGCAGGGGCUUCCUCCCUUGACAGUCAUUUAUGAAGGUAAAUGUGAAUCUUGCCUAUGCUCUACCGUUGAAGAUCCGGUUUGUGCAAGUGACAAUAAAACUUAUAACAAUGAAUGUCUUGUAAAUUGUGAAAAUAUUAGAAGAGUGAAACAAGGCAUGCCGCUUUUGCUAAUUCUGUAUAAAGGUAAAUGUGACUCAUGCUUUUGUCCAUCAUUAAUUUUUGCGCCAGUUUGUGGAAGCGAUGGCAAGACAUACAGUAAUAAAUGCCUGUUCGAUUGCGAAAAUAAAAAACGCAAGCGGUUGGGCCUUCCUCCAAUCACAGUACUUUAUAAAGGUGAAUGCGUAUCAUGUAUUUGUCCAGCUGUAGUAGAUCCAGUUUGUGGAAGUGACGGAAAAACAUAUGGAAAUGAAUGUGAAUUAGAAUGUGAGAAUAAAAGGCGAAAAAAUCAAGGACUUCCUCCCAUAUCUGUUAAUCACAAAGGUGUAUGUGAGUCAUGUGAUUGUUCUGCAGACGUAAAUCCUAUUUGUGCAAGCGACUAUAAAACUUAUAAAAAUCAAUGCCUUUUAGAUUGUGAAAAUAUCAGGAGAGUCAAAAAAGGCUUACCAUUACUGCUGAUUCUUUACAAAGGUGAAUGUGAAUCUUGUGUCUGUGCAGCUAUAGGAGAUCCUGUUUGCGCAAGUGACGGCAAAACGUACGGGAAUGGAUGUGAAUUGGCUUGCGAGAACAAAUUACGUCAGAAGCAGGAUCUUCCUCCUUUUUCAGUUCUUUAUAAAGGAACAUGUGAUACUUGCAAUUGUUCACCAGUUAAAGAUCCAAUUUGUGCAAGUGACAACAAGACUUACGACAAUCAGUGCCUGUUUGACUGUGAAAAUAUUAGACGAGUACAACAGGGCUUACCACUGUUAUUGAUUCGACAUAAAGGCAAAUGUGACUCUUGUGUUUGUCCAGCUGUCAUAGACCCAGUAUGUGGAAGUGAUGGCAAAACGUAUAAUAACGAAUGUUUGCUAGAGUGUGAAAAUAGAAAACGACGGCAGUUAGGUCUUCCACCAAUUGAUGUCCAAUAUGACGGUGAGUGUGUAUUAUGUAAAUGUACAAAGAAUUAUGACCCAGUAUGCGGUAGCGAUAAUGAGACGUAUGACAACAAAUGCAUAUUUGAUUGUGAAAAUAAAAUACGUAAAAAGAAAGGUUUACCUCUAUUAACCAUACUUUACGAAGGAAAGUGUGAGUCCUGUAUUUGUCCAUAUAAUCUUGAUCCAAUUUGUGGAAGCGAUGGCAAGACAUACAGUAAUAAAUGUCUGUUCGAUUGCGAAAACAAAAAACGCAAGCGGUUGGGCCUUCCUCUAAACAUAGUACUUUACAAAGGUGAAUGCGUAUCUUGUCCUUGUCCAGCAGUAGUAGAUCCAGUUUGUGGAAGUGACGGGAAAACAUACGGAAAUGAAUGUGAAUUAGAAUGUGAGAACAAAAGACGAAACAAACAAGGACUUCCUCCAAUAUCUGUUAAUCACAAAGGGGAAUGUAAGUCCUGUGAUUGUACUGCAGAGGAAAAUCCUGUUUGUGCAAGCGAUAAUAACACGUAUAAAAAUCAAUGUUUCUUAGACUGUGAAAAUAUUAGACGAGUCCGAAAUGGUUUGCCACUUCUAUUGAUUGUAUAUAAAGGGGAAUGUAAUACAUGCGUUUGUCCAGCUAAUCUAGAUCCUGUAUGUGCAAGCGAUCGUGAGACUUACAGUAAUAGAUGUUUACUAGAUUGUGAAAAUAGAAAACGACAGCGGUUGGGCCUUCCUCCAAUAGAGUUACAAUAUGAUGGUGAGUGUAUUUCGUGCAAAUGUUCAAAGAUAUUUGAUCCAGUCUGUGGAAGCGAUAGAAGGACUUAUAAUAACAAGUGCUUAUUUGAUUGUGAGAAUGAAAUACGUGAAAAGAAAUGCUUGCCGCUACUGUCUAUACUUGAUAAAGGCAAGUGCGAUGAAUGUGUUUGUACUGAAGUUUAUGAUCCUGUAUGUGGGAGUGAUAAUAAUACGUACGAUAAUAAUUGUCUUUUGGAAUGUGAGAAUAAGAGAUUGGAAAAAGAGUGCCUUCCACCAAUCACAGUAGAUUACAAAGGUAAAUGUGAAUCCUGCGUUUGUACAACACUGUAUGAUCCUUUAUGCGCAAGUGAUGGAAAGACUUACGGCAAUCCUUGUUUGCUCGGUUGUGAAAAUAAAACGAGAAAGCGAUCUGGCCUGCCUCCUAUAUUUGAGUUACACGAAGGAGAAUGUUUGUCACACGGAUGCCCGAAAAAUAAUGAUCCUGUAUGCGCCAGCGAUGGCAAAACAUAUCCCAAUGUAUGUGUUUUUGAUUGGGAAAACAAAAAACGCAAGGAUAAGGGGUUAGAUCCUCUAACAAUCCUUUAUAAAGGCAAGUGUGACAAUAAAUAAUGUUAAAUAUUUCCAUUUCAUAUUUUGAUAAAGAUAUAAAUUAUUUCUGAUUCUUUUUACUCAGUAUUGACUCCAUUCAUUGCUACGUUCAUUUAACUCUUUUUUUAUGAUGUACAUCAAUUUUUAAGUAGCAUGUACUUUUAGUCUCUGUUUGUUGUGUUGCAGAAAUUAUAUUGUUUUAUUUAUAUAUAUAUAUAUAUAUUUUGGAAUUUUGUUAAUAAUUACUACUUAUUUUGUUAAAGUUUAUUUUUAUAAAGAUUAUUUUAUACAUAAGAUAAUAAUUUCCAAAAAGUGAAAAAUAAAUAUUUUUUACAAUA